AUGCUGCCCCGCGGGGGUCAGGAAGCCCUUGGCUUUGCACUGUGUGUCUGGUGGUGUGUAUUUGCACUAUGCUUUAAAGGCUGUGCAGGCUGCGCAGCGGAGGAGAGGCUCUUUCACAAGCUGUUCGCUCAUUAUAACCAGUUCAUCAGGCCCGUGGAGAACGUUUCCGACCCGAUCACCGUGUAUUUUGAAGUGGCCAUCACGCAGCUGGCCGAUGUGGAUGAAGUGAACCAGAUCAUGGAAACCAACCUGUGGCUACGUCACAUCUGGAAUGAUUAUAAGCUGCGUUGGGACCCCACGGAAUAUGACGGCAUUGAGACUCUCCGUGUUCCUGCCGAGAUGAUCUGGAAACCCGACAUCGUUCUCUACAACAAUGCGGUCGGCGACUUCCAAGUCGAAGGCAAGACAAAAGCUCUUCUUAAAUACGAUGGCAUGAUAACCUGGACUCCACCCGCGAUUUUUAAGAGUUCCUGUCCUAUGGACAUCACUUUUUUCCCUUUUGACCAUCAAAAUUGUUCCCUGAAAUUUGGUUCCUGGACUUACGACAAAGCUGAAAUUGACCUUCUAAUCAUUGGCUCUAAAGUGGACAUGAAUGAAUUUUGGGAGAACAGUGAGUGGGAAAUUGUCGACGCUUCUGGCUACAAGCAUGACAUAAAGUACAACUGUUGUGAAGAGAUAUACACAGACAUCACCUAUUCUUUCUACAUUAGGAGACUCCCGAUGUUUUACACCAUUAAUCUGAUCAUCCCCUGUCUCUUUAUUUCAUUUCUCACUGUCUUGGUCUUCUACCUUCCUUCUGACUGUGGUGAAAAAGUGACACUUUGCAUUUCAGUGCUUCUUUCUCUGACUGUGUUUUUGCUGGUGAUCACAGAAACCAUCCCGUCCACAUCUCUCGUGAUCCCCCUGGUGGGCGAAUACCUGCUCUUCACCAUGAUCUUCGUCACCCUGUCCAUCGUGGUGACGGUGUUUGUACUGAACAUCCACUAUCGCACCCCGACCACUCACAACAUGCCCACGUGGGUGAAGGCGGUCUUCCUCCGGCUGUUACCCCAGAUCCUGAUGAUGAAGAGGCCUCUGGACAAGAAGAAGGAGAUAGGAUCUGAUAGAAACCCCAAAGGAGUCUCCAGUAGGCCUGCCAAAGUCAAAUUUGAUCAUCACAAAGAGCCCAGACUUCUUAAAGAAUGCUGCCACUGUCAUAGAUCCAUUGAACCCACCACCAGCAAGAGAAGAUUAAGUCAUCAGCCUUUACAGUGGAUGGCUGAAAACUCGGAGCUCUCACCUGAAGUUGAAGAUGUAAUUGAUAGUGUUCAUUUCAUAGCAGAAAACAUGAAGAACCAAAAUGAAACAAAGGAGGUAGAGGACGACUGGAAAUACGUGGCCAUGGUGGUGGACAGGGUGUUCCUGUGGGUGUUCAUCAUCGUCUGUGUGUUUGGAACUGCAGGGCUGUUUCUCCAGCCGCUCCUGGGGAACACAGGGCAUUUGUAAGGAUGGAUUUUCCCUUCAUCUUCAGAAACGAACAGACGCUGUGUUUAUUCCCCCAUCACCAGGAAAUGGAUAGAAAACUCCCCACCAGGUCCACAUCUAGAGAGAAAAAGAGGGCCUUACUGCCAACGACAAGCCUGGACGGCCCUCCUUUGGGGGUGCAGAGGGGUGCUUUAAGACCCCAGGGUCUGGGACCUGAUACUGGAGCUCAGAGCCGGCAGCCCCCGCAGGCUUCUCUCGUCUGUGCAUGUUUGACUUCUGGGGACGUGAGCAACCCAGAGUCCAGUGAGACACGGACUCAAAGUCGAGUCACGCUGAGAGGUGUUCUGCCUCCCCGGUUUAAAUACUUCUCGGUAUAGCGACACCUGCCAGACAUGUGACUUUGGACCUUGGCCUUGCCGACCCCUGCAGCACCCGUGACCUUGUGUAUCUUGCUUCCCCAUGCUUGUCUCUGUGACGUGGAGCCCACACUGCGGCAGCAUUUAACGCAGCAAUUGGUAAAAAGGAACAGCAGGUAGUCGGUCUACCCUCUGAAAAAAAUCUUAUUGAAGUAUAGUUGAUUUCUAAUGUCGUGUGAGUGAGUUUCU